GUGAGGAUCCCGGUGCUGAUCGGGUCCGGAGUGACGUACAACAACCUUGAAAGCUUCCUCGAGGCAAACGCAGUGAUUGUUGGUUCUCAUUUUAAAUCUGGGGGUCACUGGGCCAACGCAGUCGAUCCGGACAAUGUGAAGAGGUUCAUGACGAAGAUACGAGACCUUCGACAGUGAAACAGAUCUGCAAUCGCAGCCAUGUCUUCACCUCAUAUUAAACCAAUAACACCCUUUACGAAAACAUAUGUUUAUUCAUGUUUUUUGUGCUUUUUACAAAUACACACAUAUAGAAAAAUCAUAUUUGUAUGUCAACAGUCACUGUCACAAGAAACAAAAAGGAUCGGCUGAAAAACAAACAUAUUUAUUCCGUUACCGAGGAAUUUCACGGCAUAUCUUUUUUGUGGCAUGAAUACUGUACAUGUCAAUAACACACUAGGCAGGUAAACACGCAGGCAAA